CAGAAGAAAGCAGUAGGGUUUGACGAGAUGGGGUUUGUUGAUCAGUAUUGUAAUGGAAUCCAAUUCCGUUUAGAGCUUGCCCUUGCAUCGGGAGCCAUGUGGUCAGCUGAUGAAAUUGCUGAGCUGUGUUACCUGCAUUAUAGGACCAGACUUCCUAAGCAGGGGAAACCAGAUCCAAAGAGGGAAUGGACUUCACUGGCAGCUGUUGUCAAAGUGGAGUCUGCAACUCAAAGAGAGGUUCUUGCUAGUCCAGGGAAUUUGCAGGUAACAAAGGAAGUUGUUGCUAUGGGAACUGGAACAAAAUGUAUUGGCCAAAACAAAAUGAGAAAAACUGGAGACAUUCUGAAUGACAGUCAUGCUGAAAUUGUGGCCAAGAGGAGCUUCCAAAGGUAUCUUCUCCACCAGAUGUGGCUGGCAACUUCCCAUCAGCAAGGCAGCAUCUUUAUUCCAGGAAUGGAAACUGGGAAAUGGAAACUCAACCCAAGUAUCAUAUUUGUUUUCUUCUGCAGUCACACCCCAUGUGGAGAUGCAUCUAUAAUUCCAAUUACUGAGACAGAGAAGCAGCUUUCCAAGACAGUGGCUGGAGAUGAUUUAGCUGAACAAUCAGCAGAGUGUAGCAGUAACCAUGAUCAUUUAGGCCCAGGAGAUAAAAGGAAAUCAGAGAAAAUGCCAAGUAAUCAUAUGAUCAAGAGAAUGAAAACUGAUGAUGAUGGUUAUUUUCCUGUCAUGACUGAAGACCUGGCAACUCAGCAAGAGUCUGUGAAACAAGAAGAUGACAGUAAUCCAAAGAGUUGUGAGUGUUCUGCAGAGGUGCCAGCAGCUAAUAAAGACACUGGCUUAGGGAGAGAGGAGGUAGUAGAUGUUCAUAGAACUGGAGCAAAAUGUGUGCCUGGAGAGCUAGGUGAUGCCAAAACACCUGGGCUCGGGUAUCACUGUGUGGGAUUAUUACGAGUGAAGCCAGGUCGUGGUGACAGAACGUGCUCCAUGUCCUGCAGUGAUAAACUGGCUCGCUGGAAUGUCUUGGGAUGUCAGGGAGCUCUUCUGAUGCACUUCCUGCAGUAUCCAGUGUAUCUGUCAGCAAUUGUGGUGGGGAAGUGUCCAUACAGCCAAGAAGCUAUGCGGAGAGCAAUUAUUGAAAGGUGUCAGCACAUCUCACUUUUACCGGACGGUUUCCGUGCUCAGGAGGUGAAGAUGCUGCAAUCGAAUCUUCAGUUUGAGCAUAGCCGUCAGGCAAUCCAGGAGGUUCAAGCUAACAGCAAAACAAAACUUGUUCCUUGUAGUGCAGCUAUCAGUUGGAGUGCAGUUCCUGAGCAGCCUCUGGAUGUCACCUCAGAUGGCUUCCGGCAGGGAACAACAAAGAAGAGGAUUGGGAGCCUUCAGAGCAGAUCCAAGAUCUGUAAAGUGGAGCUCUUUCAUACGUUCCAAAAGCUGGUGGCAAGUGUUUCACAAGAGGAUCUACCAGACACUCUCCGGAUGAAGACUCUAGAAACAUACUGGGACUACAAGGAAGCUGCACUGAAUUAUCAGGAAGCCUGGAAAGUGCUGUGUAGCCAAGCCCUGCUGGGUUGGAUCAAGAACGCCAAGGAAUAUCUGCAGUUCACAUGAGAAUACGUGCAAAGGUGUAAAUCCAGCAAUGAACCCUGGUGCACAGCAGAGACACCUCUGCAGUUCAAGAGCUAGGAAAAGGUGUCCUCUAGUUCAUGUGCUGCAGGGAGGAGUGAAAAGGAAAGCAAUUUAGGGAAAUCUUUAUUUUGGUUGAGUUGGAUCCCUUUUUUAUUGAAACACAGAAAAAGAUCAUUGCAGACAAAGUUCGGAGCUGCAUGAAACAAUAUGCCUCCAAAAGAAAGGAAGAAGUGAUGUGCUGUCCUGUUCUCUGAGGAUAUGAUCUAUCAGCUAUAGUCCAUUGCAACAGAAGUAAUGUCAACUGAAACUGAGGCAGUGCAGUGGAAGGAAGGCUGGUAUUGUAAA